AUGACGCCGCCGCUGCAGGAGCAGUGGUUCAUCCUGGCCGGAAUCGCUAACGUCGUGAAGGACAAGAAGGCGAAGCGCACCUUCCCGCCGGGCGCCGACGUCUCCGUCGCCUACGCCGAGCCCCCGCGCGCAUCCGUCCUCACCGUGCCUUACCGCGUCUCCUCCCCGUCCUCCCUCUGCAGCUACCCCUACGUCGCCGCCGCGGACUCCUCCGGCCUCAUUCUCCUCUGUGCCACGGAGCCUGAGGGCACCAACUCCUGGGUCACCUACCACCUCUGCGACGCGCGCACCGGCGAGGACACCUGCCUCCACGAGCACAAUCGCACCGUGGGCAUCCACGGCAACAAGUUAGGCCUCAUGGUGAGGGGCGGCAGCUGCGUGGUCACCGAGCUCCAGCCCGCCGGCGACGGCACUGGUGGCGCUUUGCUCCUCUCCUACACGGUGGGGCAGUACAGGUGGGUCGAGAAGGAGCUCGCCUACUUGCCCCCGCUGCACCGGGAGUGGCGCGGCGAGGGCGUCAUCUCCCACGGCGGGAUGCUCUCGUGGGUGGACCUCUCGUACGGCCUCCUCUCCUGCGACCCCUUCGCCGACACGCCGGAGCUGCUCCACGUCCCGCUCCCGUCAGUCGGCGACCAGCUGCCGGUGCUUUCUGCAAACGGCGGCGCUCACCGCUGCGUGAGGGUGAGCGGCGGGAUGCUGAGGUUCGUGCAGAUCCAUGGCAGCCCCGACGCGCCGGUGGUGAGCACGUGGGCGCUCGUCUAG